AAAGACUUUUGUACAAAGUUUACAAAAUUUCAAAAUUAAACUUGAGUUUUAUACAAAGUUACAGAAGAAGAUUUCAUGCGGUUUGCAUAAAAAUGGCGAUAUUGUACGAAUGCGCCCUUUUGGACACGCUUGUGAUAUUCUCAUCGCUUUUCGCGAUGCUUUAUUUAUGGAUGAAAUGGAAGCAUACCUAUUGGCAGAGACAUGGUGUACCUACGUUACCUGCACAUUGGUUCUUCGGUCACUUCAAGGAUGCGAUGCUGUUCCGCAGAUCGGCUGGAGAGAUUCUCAGUGAACUGCACAAGCAAGCUGAGAACGAAGAUGUCCUAGGGAUCUACAUCCUACAUAAGCCGUUCCUGAUUCUAAGAAAUCCCGAACUGAUAAAACAGAUAAUGAUCAAGGACUUUAAUAUAUUCCCGAAUCAUUAUUUCAGAGGGGCCAAUUCCGAUACUGUCAGCAAAUGGAGUCUCUUCACCAUAUGUUAUCCUGAAUGGAAAUAUUUGAGAUCGAAAAUGACACCGGUGUUCACGAGUGGCAAGCUGAAAAGUCUCUUUCAGCUGAUGCAAGAGUCCGGGGAAAAGAUGAGGGACCAUUUGCACGAACAAAUUAAGGACAAUUCCAAAAUCGAGCCGAUAAAGGUCAAAGAUAUAUUCUAUAAAUAUACUACCGACGUAAUAUCCUCCGUGGCAUUUGGAAUUCGGACAAACUGCUUUGACACACCGUCACCAGAGUUUUAUGUCAACUCACGUAAAGCUUUUGUCCGAACCAUCCUAAGCGCUUUGCAGUUCUUCUUCUUAUUCUUCUUGCCGACAAUUGGAAACUAUUUAGGUGGUUCGAUGCUUGGCAGAUACACGGAUUAUUUCCGUAAAGUCUUUUGGGACUCUAUGGACAAUAGAAGCGUCACAAAAAUAAAACGAGGAGAUCUAAUUGAUUCUCUUUUGCAAUUAAAAACUGAGACGCCAGAUAAUAUGAAUGUUCGGUUCGAAGGGGAUGUUCUUCUUGCACAAGCGGCGAUCUUCUUUGUGGCUGGUCGCGAAAGCAGCAUCUCUACUAUGAUUUGCGUUCUCUUCGAAUUAGCUAAACACCCGGAAAUGCAGAGACGCGUGAGGGAGGAAAUCCUCAAAACAAUCCAGGACGCUAAUGAUAUGACAUAUGAAUCAGUCCACAAUAUGAAGUAUCUGCAUCAAGUGAUAAAUGAAACGCUAAGAUUUUAUCCGCCCGCGCCGAUCAUAGACAGAGUUCCUCUUAGCGAUUACACAUUUCCUGGCACAAAAAUAACUGUCAAGAAAGAUAUACCGGUAUACGUCGUAUUACGUGGUAUUCAAACAGACCCAAGAUACUACCGGGAUCCUAUGCGUUUCGAUCCUGAGCGAUUCAGUGACGAGAGAAAAAACGAGAUUGUACCCUGCACUUUCCUGCCCUUCGGAGAGGGUCCACGGAAUUGUAUAGGUAUGCGGCUGGGAAUUUUACAAACCACUGUGGGACUGAUAACGAUUUUACGUGAUUAUGAAGUUGCAUUGCAUCCUUCAUGGAAGAACCCCAUCGAUCCGCGAAAUGUAUUUAUCUCGCCACCAGCAGGAUUCUUGCUGAAUUUCAAGAAGAUAUGAUGCAACAAUAGGUAUAUAAUUAUUGCAAUUUUUGUUUUUAUCAUUUUAGAAUAUGUAUAUGAAAGCAUUAGAAAUUAUUUUGAUUAAUGAAUAUGUUAGUAGGGCAUGAAUAGCUCUCUAUG